AUGGAUCCAAGUAAUUGUUUCCUUCUGAAAUUGGAGGGGGAGCAUUUCAUGUACUGCAACACCUCCAAUCACAGUGCGGAUCUCCCCCUGAGUGACAACUGGUUCUACCCGGGGAUCCUCUAUGUCAUCCCUGCGAUUUAUGGGGUUAUCAUCCUGAUAGGCCUCAUCGGCAACAUCACUCUGAUCAAGAUCUUCUGCACAGUCAAGUCCAUGCGGAGUGUGCCGAACCUGUUCAUCUCUAGUCUGGCUUUGGGAGACUUGCUCCUCCUGGUAACGUGCGCUCCUGUGGAUGCCAGCAGGUACCUGGCCGACAGAUGGCUCUUUGGCAGGAUGGGCUGCAAGCUGAUCCCCUUUAUUCAGCUUACCUCGGUGGGGGUGUCUGUCUUCACACUCACAGCGCUGUCCGCAGACAGGUACAAAGCCAUUGUCCGGCCAAUGGAUAUCCAGGCAUCGCAUGCCCUGAUGAAGAUCUGCCUCAAAGCCGCCUUAAUCUGGGUCAUCUCCAUGCUGCUGGCCAUCCCAGAAGCUGUGUUUUCUGACCUCCAUCCCUUCCAUGAGGAAAGCACCAACAAGACCUUCAUUAGCUGUGCCCCAUACCCACAUUCGAAUGAGUUGCACCCCAAAAUCCACUCCAUGGCUUCCUUUCUGGUAUUCUACAUCAUCCCACUGUCAAUCAUCUCUGUCUAUUACUACUUCAUUGCCAAAAAUCUGAUCCAGAGUGCUUACAAUCUUCCUGUGGAAGGGAAUAUCCAUGUCAAGAAGCAGAUUGAAUCCCGGAAGCGGCUUGCCAAGACGGUGCUGGUGUUUGUGGGCCUCUUUGCUUUCUGCUGGCUCCCCAACCACAUCAUCUACCUGUACCGUUCCUACCACUACUCCGAAGUGGACACCUCCAUGCUGCACUUCGUCACCAGCAUCUGUGCGCGCCUCCUGGCCUUCACCAACUCCUGCGUGAACCCCUUUGCCCUCUACCUGCUGAGCAAGAGUUUCAGGAAACAGUUCAACACCCAGCUCCUCUGUUGCAGACCCGGCCUGAUGAAUCGAUCCCACAGCACCGGCAGAAGUACCACCUGUAUGACCUCUUUCAAGAGCACCAACCCUUCAGUGGCUACCUUCAGCCUCAUCAAUGGUAACAUCUGUCAUGAGGGGUACCUGUAGUCUAA